AUGGAGCAGGCUUCUUGGGUGUGUCAGUGCAAUGAUGCAACUAUAAGUCAACUGGAGCAAGAUUUUAAACGUAUCCUUCAGCGCCAGGCAAGUCUUGAGGAGUGGGCCAAUUGGCUAGAUCGAGUAGUUACAGGAAUCCUGCAGCCACUCGAAGGAAGCACCCUAGCCUACACACGUGCUGCCCACCAGUUAGUUCUCAAAUGGUCAUUCUACAGCUCCAUGGUCAUCAGAGACUUGACUUUGCGCUCUGCAGCCAGUUUUGGCAGUUUUCAUCUUAUUCGUCUUCUUUAUGAUGAAUAUAUAUUCUACCUAGUAGAACACAAAGUGGCGGCUCAUCUCGGCAUGACUCCGGUUGCUGUUAUGGGUGAAAUGGGUCGUGUGAGUAAAUGCAACUUUUUGCUAGAAUUCGCAUAA